AUGGCUCCAGGAGAGAAGAUCAAAGCCAAAAUCAAGAAGAACCUGCCGGUGACCGGGCCCCAGGCGCCCACCAUCAAGGAGCUGAUGAAAUGGUAUUGUCUCAACACCAACACGCAUGGCUGCCGGCGCAUCGUGGUGUCCCGGGGCCGCCUCCGGCGCCUGCUCUGGAUCCUCUUCACGCUCAUCGCCGUGACCCUCAUCAUCUGGCAGUGCGCGCUCCUCAUCCUCUCCUUCUAUUCCGUCUCUGUCUCCAUCAAAGUACACUUCCAGAAGCUGGACUUCCCCGCAGUCACCAUCUGCAACAUCAACCCUUACAAGUACAGUGCAGUGAAGGACCUUCUCUCCGACUUGGAACAGGAGACCCGAGUGGCCUUGAAGACCCUUUUUGGCUUUUCGGAGAUUAACCAUCGAAAACGACGUGAGGCAGAAUCCUGGACUUCAGCCUGGGAGGGCGUCCGGCCCAAAUUCCUCCACUCCGUCCCGCUGAUGUUCUUGAAACAGGAGGAGACGGGCAAGGUGGCCAGGGACUUCCUCACGGGCCGGAAGCGGAAAGUCAGUGGGAGUGUCAUUCACAAGGCUUCUGACAUCAUGCACGUGCACCAGUCCAAGCAGGUGGUGGGAUUCAAACUGUGUUCCAAUGACACGUCCGACUGUGCCACCUACACCUUCAGCUCGGGGGUCAAUGCCAUCCAGGAGUGGUACAAGCUGCAUUACAUGAACAUCAUGGCGCAGGUGCCUCUGGAGAAGAAGAUCAACAUGAGCUACUCGGCUGAGGAGCUGCUGGUGACCUGUUUCUUCGACGGAGUGUCCUGUGAUGCCAGGAACUUCACACUUUUCCACCAUCCGAUGUAUGGGAAUUGCUACACAUUCAACGGGCGGGCCAGUGACACAGUCCUCAGCACCUCCAUGGGGGGCAGUGAAUAUGGUCUGCAAGUCAUCUUGUAUAUAAAUGAAGAGGAAUACAACCCCUUCCUAGUGUCUUCCACGGGAGCUAAGGUGAUCGUCCAUCAGCAGGAAGAACACCCCUUCAUCGAGGACGUGGGGACGGAGAUUGAGACGGCAAUGGCCACCUCCAUAGGAAUGCGCCUGACGGAGUCCUUCAAGCUAAGUGACCCCUACAGCCAGUGCACGGAGGACGGGAAGGAUGUGCCCAUCACGAACAUCUACAAUGCUUCCUACACCCUCCAGAUCUGCCUCCACUCAUGUUUCCAGACAAAGAUGGUGGAGAAAUGUGGGUGUGCCCAGUACAGCCAGCCUCUACCUAAAGGAGCCAACUACUGCAAUUACCAGGAGCACCCCAACUGGAUGUAUUGCUACUAUAAACUGCAGCAGGCCUUCGUGCGGGAAGAGCUGGGCUGCCAGUCCGUGUGCCGUGAAGCCUGCAGCUUUAAGGAGUGGACGCUCACCACCAGCCUGGCUGAGUGGCCUUCUGAAGUUUCAGAGAAAUGGCUGCUGUCCAUCCUGACUUGGGACCAAGGCCAGCAAAUCAACAAGAAGCUCAACAAGACCGACUUGGCCAAACUCCUGAUCUUCUACAAAGACCUGAACCACAGAUCUGUUGUGGAGAACCCAGACAACACAAUCCCGAACCUCCUGUCGAAUUUCGGCGGCCAGCUGGGCCUGUGGAUGAGCUGCUCUGUCGUCUGUGUCAUUGAGAUCUUCGAAGUCUUCUUCAUAGACUCCCUCUCGAUCAUAACCCGUCGCAAGUGGCAGAAAGCCAAAGAGUGGUGGGCCCGGAGGCACCCCCCUGCCAAUCCCCAAGUACCCCGAAGCUCCCGGGGCCAGGACAAUAUGGCCCUGGAGGUAGAAGAAGACCCACCCACCUUCACCUCAGCUUUGAGCCUACCGCCAGGCCCAGGGACCCAGGUACCAGGCACACCGCCCCCCAGAUACAACACCUUGCGCUUAGAGAAGGCCUUCACCAGCCAGCUCAGCGACACCCAGGUGCAGGAUGAGUCCUGA